GUGACAUGCUCCGGUCCCAAGGUAGAGAGAAGUUGCGAUUGAUUUCGGUGAAAGAAUUAAGAAUCGAUCGGACUUGGAGAAGAGAAGAGAAGAUGGUUGGCGCGAAUCUGAAAGCGGAGACGAUGGCUCUAAUGGACAAGAGAACAGCCAUGGAGACGGAGAUGAACUCUAUUGUCGAACGUCUCUGCAAUCCCGGUGGUCCUGGUCUCUCCGGCAAUCUCAUCGACUCGGAGGGAUUUCCUCGGGAAGAUAUUGACAUUCCCAUGGUGAGAACUGAGCGCCGUCGUCUUGCUGAGUUAAGGAGUGAGCACGGGGAGAUAACGGAAAAGAUAAAUGUGAACAUUCAAAUUCUUCAUUCAGUGAGGCCUACAUCUAGAGCUUCAUCCACAAAAGAUUCAGGUCCAGAAGAAACAAGCUUGUCAGGUGCUGCAGUAAAUUCUUUAUCUGCCUCCAUGCAGACAUCUGGCUUCAGUGUUACUUCCGGUCCCAUGGAUGUGGAUGUGGUUACUAGUAUUCCCUUUGCAAUGGUUGAUGAGAUAAACGAGUCAUCUCCAGCAGCAGAGGGUGGAUUACAGCUUGGAGAUCAGGUUUUGAAAUUUGGCAACGUGGAGGGUGGUGACAACCUGUUGCAAAGGCUUGCCGCUGAAGCUCAGUCUAACCAGGGACAAGCCGUUUCUGUUCAAGUUAUGAGGCAAGGUGCAAAAGUCGUCUUAUCUGUCACACCAAGGAUAUGGCAAGGCAGAGGUCUAUUGGGGUGCCAUUUCCGUUUGGUAUGAGCAGCAGAUACUUCCUUGGAUUAUCAUCUGGGGGUCUGGAUAUGGUGAAAGCUUCUGUGAAAGCUAGUCGGUGAUGAAGUCUAUUAUUGCAAAGUAGAGAACAGUGUUUUUCAACUUUUGUAUGGAGAACCCAACUAAACAAAUAGCAUUUGUUCUGUAGCUGAAAUAGACAAUUAAGAGGCUUCAUUACUCAUCCUAACAAUGGUUUAGGUGGUGGAUUAAACAAAAGGAUAAUAGAAUCCCAAAUCAUUGAGUUUACA